CCUGGUCUCUGCGGUAGCGAAUCAUCAUCGUGGUUGAGAAUUUACCAAACACAAGUAUUGUCAUCACAACUACUGGGCCCAUGCGCUAAGAUACAAAUAAUGGGCCACCGGUAUCGGCCCAUACAAAACCAAGUUUUAAAAGUCUUGAUCGAUGAUGAAAGCGAGGGCGGCCGGGGUCAAGGUCUGGUGGGACAUAAACAGGUGUCCGGUUCCCGAUGACGUUGAUGUUGGUCGGGUCGGUCCGUGUAUAAGACGGGCGUUGGAGAAAUUAGGCUACUGUGGUCCUUUCAAUAUCACUGCCAUUGGCAUACUAACAGACGUCCCUCAUGACUUUCUGAGACAAGUCUAUUCCUCUGGGAUGGCUAUUCAUCAUAUCCCCCUUGAUAUCACUGAAGUGACUGGGGCUCUGAUUUAUUGGAGUUGGACCCAUCCACCUCCGGCUAAUAUAAUGCUCAUAUCAAAUGAGUCAAUCUUCUCGAAUAUUCUCGACACGCUAUGUAGGAUCGGAUACAACGUUGUUCGGUCGAUACUUCCUGAUGGUUCUCAACAAGGAGCCGCCUCCACUUCCACUUCCCCAGAGUACCUCCUCUGGGAAAGCAUACUGGCAAGCUUACGGGCCGAUGCUAUGGAUGCAUGGGCACUACAAGGUGACAAUUGUGGUAGUGAAACGGCUGAACCUGCCUUGCGUUGUCAGCAAUGCAUCAUUUCUGUCCAAAGCUUUGAAAAAUUCACCACCCACGGCUUUGAAAAUUUCACCACCCACCUCCAGAGCAGAGAACAUGCCCAUAAUGCACAAUACUACUGCAACAUAGACGAAGAAAAGAAGAAGCCUAAAAGAGGAAAAAGAAGAAAAAAAAGAUAUAGGAGUUGAUGGGCAUAUGGGGAAUAUUUUGUCCUACUUUUUUACCAGCUAAGACAUGAGUUUUCACCCAAUUUCUCAAUAAAAAAAAAAAAAAACACAUUUAAGGACAGUUAUUGGGAAGAUGAUUUUUAAAGAUUCUUAA